GCGGUAGGAUUAUACACCGGAGGAUAAUGAAGAAACAAAUUUAACGGGUGUGCAAGGGUGUGUGAUCCAGUAGUUCCAGCAAGCAAGCUGGCGAAACGGCCGAAACCGACCGUGGUCGGUGACGAAAUGCUGGGCAAGCUGAAAAUGGCGGACAAGCAGAAGUAUUCGGCACAGGAAACGAUACAGAUCUACACCGACUGGGCCAACUAUUAUCUCGAAAGGGCAAAGUCGAAACGGAAGGUAUCCGACCUGUCCGCCGACUGUCGCGAUGGACUACUGCUGGCAGAGGUAAUCGAAGCCGUCACCACCUUCAAAGUACCUGAUUUGGUGAAGAAACCAAAAACUCCUCAACACAUGUACGAUAACGUGAACUCGUGCCUCACGGUUCUAAAAUUGCAUCAGGUUGGCGGCUUAGAAUCGGUCACUCCGAAUGACAUCUGCAGCGGACGGUUAAAGGCGGUGCUGUCGCUCUUCUUCGCUUUGAGUCGAUACAAACAAGCGACGAAGCAGAAAUCCUCCCUACAGCUACAACCUCCGCAGCUGCAUCAACAGCAGCAGCAGCAACAACCUCAACAACAACUGCCACAGCAACAUCAAACAAAAGUGGAAAUCCAUGCCGUCCCUGCCGAAAUGACGAAUCGACAACUUCCGGUGCCGUACGCUAAGGCGGGCGUUAAUGGCGGCACGGCGAUACCACUGCCGGCUACCGUGCAGGUCACGAGACGAUGUCCACCGGACAAAGUGCGUCCACUGCCACCGACACCGAACCAGCAGACGGGAUUGCUGCACGGUGGGUUGCAGAAGCAUACGCUUGGUGCCGGUGGCGGCAUCCACAACAGUACACCCGCCGAUGGCAAUAGCUGCCCUGGGAGUCCGCAGCAUCACAACGGCACGGCGAUAAUCACACAAAUCCCGAAGGGAAACAAUAGCCUACGCCUUCCGCAAGCGACCAACUGCAAAAUUCCCGCCAGCCCGUACUCGGUCGCGAAUACGUUGCAGCACAACAAUCAUCACAACAAUAACAACAACACUAUCACGCUGAUUCCGAAUGGUAACGUGACGAACAUUCCCACCAAUCCGGCCCAGCAGCAACAACAGCACCAGAAACAUUCGAUGCUGGACAAGUUUAAGCUGUUCAACAGCAAGGAAAAGCAGGACCGUGCUGCCCAGAAGUCACAGAUCUCCAAGCGCACGAGUUCGAGCAGUGGGUUCUCCUCGGCCCGCAGCGAACGCAGCGAUUCCAGCCUCAGCCUGGACAAUGGGCACCACCAGGGACCGUUACAGCCGACGGUCGUUCCUACGUCCGCCAUCCCGGGCGCAAAGAUCAAAGAGUCCGGUCUGAAGAAGCUUGACUCGAGCGCCAAAUCAUCACCCUCGGCGUCCCUGACCAAAUCGUCCUCCAAACUCAUAUCAUCCAAAUCGAGCUCGAAAGAAGCGUCCAAAGCGGCGGCCAAGGCUGCGGCCGCUGCGGAAAAGCAGCGGCACAAGGAUCCGAGCGGGGCGCCAGACUCCACGCCCCAAACGCACAUUCCGCUCGCACCGCAGAAGGCGCAGAAAAUUCCGAUGGCGACAACCGUGACGACGACCUCGCUGGCGACGUGUGCUGCCGGUGCUGCGUCGGCGAUGGCCGCGGCGAAGUUGCAAGCGCAAGAUUCGUCCCGUCUCAAGCUUGCCACCGUGGGCAGUGCCGGUCGAAAACUGGACGCCAAAUCGGAAAGUAAAACUAGUUUACUUCAGCCGCAGAUGAUGGUGGCACAGUCCCCGAAAACGAUGGUGCCUCCGCACCAGCAACAGCAGCACCAGCAGCAGCAGCAGCAGCAACAGAUGCAACAGUCAGCAGUUGGCACCGGCAUUCCGAAACCGAUGGCCGCAAUCAAGGGAACGAGCAAACCGACGCAGCUGCUCUCAUCGACCGCUGGCAGUGGGAAGGAGGAACUAACCGUGUGUAAGCCGGUCGUCGGUGCAAUCGUGCAGCCGCAGGUGCCAAACAACAACAACGCCAACGGGACGAUCAGUGUCAGUGGUAACAACAACACCAUGAUGGGUCAGCUUCUCCUCCAUCAGCAGCAACAGCAACAGCAGCAACAACAGCUGAUCGCGAAUGGGACUAGUAACGGUAGCGGCGCCAUGUCCGACAGUAUGCACUCGAACUCCACGCAAGGUGCCUCGAUGGGUCAACACUCGACCAACUCGAGCGAAACGUCCAGUGUCGUGGCAUAUCGUCCCAGCUCCGAAUCGGGCUCGGAACAGCUUCUCCAAUCGCCGCAGAAACUGCACCCCGUCAAUGGUGCUGCGGGACCACCGCUUCUGUACGGUGGACAACCGGAUGUGAACCUCAACAGCAGUAACAACGGUAGCAGCAGUCCGGGCGCCGGACAUGUCUUCCAUAAUGGCAACGGUAAUCUGCACCACAGCAACAACAACCACACCAAUGCCACCAACAACAACAAUAACAUCAACAAGUUCCACACCGUACCGACGAAGAUGCUCAACACGGGCGGUCCCGUUGCCGGGAACCAGACCACGAUCUACGAGCAGGAGGAAAAGCAAAUCACCGUGCUUCCGAUGCGACCGCUACUUCGCGGGUACAACAGUCACGUCACGUUGCCGACGCGCGGUACCCGCGGUCAUCAUCCGCACCAUCCGCAUGUCCACCAUCACCAGCUAAUGGCGGCCGAUUACUGUGAAGACUUCAACGGUCAGGGUGGCGGGUACUGCAGCGAUGGUGACGCACUGCGUAAGAUCCCGGCUCGCUACUCGGACAACAUCGACAACGGUUACCUUUCCGAGGGUGGUGGUGGUGGUGGUGGCGGAGGUGCCAGCAUCCUGACAAGUGCAGGCCGUCAGCAGCACGCAUCCUACAUCAGUUCGCUGCGGGCCCGCACCCAACUGCCAACGACCAUCGAAGAACGAUGUCGUAGCAGCCGUGGCGAUCAUCUGGACAGUGUGGGAACGAACCCACCUGCAAUGGAGCACUCACAUGUCAACGGCAAGAGCAGCGCACGUCACAGCAGCGGAAGUACGGUGGGGCCGAACGGGCGUGAAUACUGGGGCAAGCUGCCGGAACCAUCCAACAGCCAGCACAGCUCACAGCCACCGAGCCCGACCGCUUCGCGCAAGGACAAGGCUGGUUCGAGCCCGGGCCAGUCGCGCCGAAGCACACCCUCGUCGAAGGGUAGCUCGAGCCGCGCCAAGGCGGCCGGUGUCCCGCAGAGCUUCGGCUACAUUAAGCGCACGAACGGUGGCUCCAGCAUGCCGGGCCUAGAUCCACACCAGCAGCAACAGCAGCAGCAGCAACAGGGACAAAAUCUUCUCACCGGUGGACGAACGGCACACGUUUCGGCCGUGCCAAGAUCGAGCAAGCUGAAGGUAUCCGGUGGCACACAAACCACCACCGCCGACUUCCAAGCCAUCCAACAACACCCGCAGUAUCGAAGCUUCUCGCUCACGGGGCCCGGUGCAGCACAGCUUAGCCAGUCGGUGAAAGAAAGGUUUGGCUCCGGGACGCACAGUUUACCUAAGCCCGGUCUAGAUAUGCAUGUCUUCCAACAUAGAAUGUCCAAUCGCGCCUCCGCCAAGCUUACCGAUGGUAGCCUCUCCGACACGCAGACCUAUGCGGAGGUAAAGCCCGACUACGGUUCGUACGCGAUGUGGCUGAAGCACUCGAACACGGCCAGCAGCCGGCUGUCGGAAGGUGACACGCUGGAUGCGAUCUCGCUCGGCACUGCACCGUCGGCCGCGGUCGCAGCAGUCACCGGAUCACCCGGUUCAGUCACCCGACCCCACAAGCUGCUGCAUCAUACGCGCGGUGAAACACAGCAGCCCCAUCUACACCAACAGUCGGCCACCGCAAACAGUCCGCGUCUGAACCGUAGUAACAGCAUCAGCUAUCUGAAAGAGAGGACCUACCCCAGAUCAACCAAAUCGGAGAAAAUGUAUCCCUCGAUGUUGAGCCGUGGCCCGGACGUGGAAAUUGAACCGUACUACUGUCUUCCCGUCGGUACUGUUGUGCACGGGGCCAACGGUGGCAUGGUCCCGUGGAGCCAACCGACCUCGCCGACACCGCCGGCCCGCGGAUUCGCGGGGUUGCUCUCGCCGACCCACACCGGCGGUGGAACCGGUACCCGGUUAACCUAUCCGAAGAAGAACGAUGAAGUGCACGGCAGCCAGGCGUCGCUGCUUUCCGGCGGUUCAUCCUUAUACGGUUCCACCGAGGAGCGGCAGGCGGGCGAGGUGCGUCGCCUAAAGCGCGAACUGACCGACGCCCGGGACCAAGUCAUGAGCCUUUCCAGUCAGCUGUCAACAAACGCUCAUGUGGUGGCUGCGUUCGAGCAGAGUCUUUCAAAUAUGACCCACAGACUGCAAUCGCUUACGGCGACGACGGAGAAGAAGGAUAGCGAAAUAUUGGACAUGCGCCAAACGAUAGAGCUGCUGCGGAAGCAAUCGAUCCAGGCCGGUUUAACUACCGCCCAUAUGCAGAGUAUGGGCGUACAAGUUAAUGGGCAGGUCAACGGAACGGCGGUAAGUAUCUCCCAAUGCUCGCUGCGUCCUUCAACACCUACGAAAACGACGACGACCGGUGGUACGGUCAGCAAAGCGGUAGCAUCGAAUGCUACCGGUGCGGCCGCAUCAGCACCGGCCGGUGCAGAAAUGCAACGGCACCAUAGUUCCGACUCUAUGUGCUCGUUGAAUUCGGUCAGUUCCGGCUGUUCUGCCCAGGACAAGAGCAAACAGAAGAAGAAGGGAUGGCUCCGAAGCUCGUUUACCAAAGCCUUUUCGCGCAAUGCCAAAAUCUCCAAAACCAAUCGCCACGUUACGGCGGGUAGCAACAAUAAUGGAUCCGCGGCGGCGGCAGGUACGGUGACGGACAGUGGCAAUCAUCACCAUCAUCAUCACCACCACCACCAUCAUCACGGAUCGGUGUUGGAGAAUGGAACAACCACCACCACGACGUCGGUGGGGGGUCCAUUGAAUGGGGUUGGUGGUCUGAAACAGUCCGGAAUUCCACCACCGCCGGGUGCAGGACUGCCACCUCCUUCACCAACCAAAGGCAGUCCGCACAAGACGGUGACCGUCAUUGACAAUGCCAAACCAGUCGAUGCCAUCGAGCUGAAUGGAAACCCAAUGGUAGAAGAUCUCAAGAAGCAGCUGCGCGAAAAGGAUCUCGUGCUUACCGACAUCAGGCUGGAAGCGCUCAGUUCCGCAUCACAGCUCGAAAGCCUCAAAGAUACGGUGAUGAAGAUGCGUCAGGAAAUGAUGAACCUCAAGCAGAACAAUGAACGAUUGCAGCGGCUCGUAACGACACGUUCGCUGGCCGGCAGUGAGGUAUCGCUCGGUCCCGUCAGUCCGAGCGGUUCAAUCGGCGAGCCACGCCGGUACAGUCUGGCGGCCGAUAACGGCAUGGGUAGAGCACCGCUAGAGCUCCCCCAGAACCUGGACGAAACGGAAGAAGACAAUAUACCGCCUGCGCCCGCACCGGAACCACCGCCAGCACCGCUCAGUCCGGCCAUUAUUGCCGAACUUUCGCCCACGAUCGAGCGUGCGGCAAUGGUGAACGAGAUCCUCACAACACCCGCCGAAGACGUGGCCGAUCCGGUAGAUGGGAAGAAGAUUUCCAUCGCCGUCUACCUCGGGCAGCCGGAAUCCUUCCCGAAGUACGCGGAGGAGAUGAACGAAUGUGAUAACUACUACCACUCAUCGCCGGACGAUGAGCUGGGUGGCGAGAAGUCGGAAGCAAACGGUGAGAAAGGACCGAAAUCGUCCUCGUUCUCCAUCGGCAGUGGUGUGGAAACGAACGAGUUUGUCAUUGCGUACACGUACAUAUCGGGCAAAACGACCUGGCAAAACCUGGACUAUAUCGUGCGCAAAACGUUCAAGGACUAUCUGUCACGGAUCGAUCCGGGAACGAAUCUGGGUUUGAAUACGGAUUCCAUCACGUCGUAUCAUCUCGGGGAGGCAAAGCGUGGACCGGAGAUGGGCUUCCCGGAGCUGUUACCGUGCGGGUACAUCAUCGGCAAUGUGAAGACACUGUACAUAUGUCUGCAGGGUGUCGGAAGCCUUGCGUUUGAUAGUUUGAUUCUGCGGAACAUUGUCCAUCGGUACAUUUCGCUGUUGACGGAACAUCGGCGAUUGAUUCUUUGUGGACCAAGCGGCACCGGGAAGUCGUACCUAGCGCGUAAACUCGCCGAGUUCCUUGUGGCUCGAGCUGGUCGUGAUAAUCCGAUUGAGGCGAUAGCGACGUUCAAUGUCGAUCACAAAUCUUCCAAGGAACUGCAGCAAUAUCUUGGCCAUAUCGCUGAACAGGCCUCGAUGUCUAAUGGAGUGGCAGAGGAGCUGCCAGCGGUAAUCAUUCUGGAUAAUCUCCAUCAUGCUUCGGCGCUUGGGGAUGUGUUUUCCUGUCUACUUAGUGCCACAGCCGCCAAGCUACCGUGCAUCAUAGGAACGAUGUCCCAGGCGACGUGCAACACGACCAACCUUCAACUUCACCACAAUUUCCGAUGGGUACUCACCGCGAACCAUAUGGAACCGGUGAAAGGGUUCUUGGGUCGAUUCCUGCGCCGAAAGCUGUUCUCCGUGGAGUUGCAAAACCAGCAACAGCAGCCACAGCUCGAGAAGGUGCUGAAAUGGUUGCCAACCGUCUGGCAGCACAUUAACAGCUUCCUCGAGACGCACAGUUCCAGCGAUGUUACGAUCGGUCCCCGCUUGUUCCUCUCCUGUCCUAUGAAUCUACCCGAUUCGCAGGUAUGGUUCACGGACGUUUGGAACUACCAUCUGGCACCGUAUCUGAUGGACGCCGUUCGGGAAGGUGUUCAGCUGUACGGGCGUCGUGGCGGUGCAUGGGUUGAUCCCUGUACGUACAUUCGCGAAACGUACCCGUGGCCAGUCGGUCCAACGACGGUACCGCAGCUCCGUCAAAUCACGGCCGAUGACGUGGGCCUGGAGGCAAGCGCACCGGGAAAUUCGGAGAAUCAAGAUCCACUGUUGAACAUGCUGAUGCGUCUGCAGGAAGCGGCCAACUAUAAUGGUAAUGCGGAACAGGAUUCCGAUUGUGCUAGCCUAGAUUCGAACAUGACGCACGAUAGCUCGGCCGGUGCGGAGUAAGUUUAAGCUCAAAAGAACGGGUAGGCGGUAGUAGUAGGAGGACACCAACGAGAGACAAAUUUAGCGAGGAAUUAAUUACGAACACCACAGCGUGGAAGAUGAUCAGCACACACACCAAUAGCACACCAACAAAAGAUGACGUAUAUAGUGCAAGUGUAUAUAUAUUUACACAUCAGGACGCACUUUUUGAAAGGGUUUGUGAAUUUUUUUCAUAAGCCUAAAGGAAACGAAAUAGUCGUCAAGAAUCAGAAAAAUAGAGAAACGAACGUGCGAUUAAAUAAUCUACACUCGAUGUGACCAACAGCAACACAGUCGCCACUGUACUAGGUCGCUGUUUGAUUCUUUGUUGCCACUGGCCUGCAAUCAGUAGUGGUAAGGAAAUCCAACUUUAUCCUUUCCCUCCCACGCUUCAAUGCGUCCCCCGGUGCUGGAGGCGCGAAAAAGGCUAUUAAUUAAUUUCACUCCCAAUGAUCCCAAUUGGUAGGGCAACCGAUAUGGAAAUAUUGAUGAAAUUGUAGUGUACAUAGUAUUGCGUGCAGGCAAACCGGAAGGCUCAUCUGUUUCCCAACAACGCGUGUGGAGCAGAAGAGAAACGUGUCAUCAUUUCGAUCGUCAUUAUUAAGCCUCAUUAACACAAGUGAAACCAUUAAAUUAAUUAACCAAGCCCAAGGUGUGGCAAUGGGCAGUUGUGGUAGUGUAGCAGAUAACAGGACCAAAAACAAAAAAAAAAAGAAGAACCAGGACGAAACAAAAUCAGAACACCGAAACACACGCAUACACAGAUUAUUCACACGUUUGGAUAGAUUCAUUCGGUAGGUGUGCUGCUGUGUGUAUUUGAAUGUGGCACCAAUUUUGUGAUAUCAAUUUCACAUGUGAGGUUUAUGUAUGGUCAUGCAAGUAAAAGUGCCAGGUAAUUACGUAUUCCGCGAAUCAAAUUAUAGGUAAAGGAGAGGUCCCGGAGAGAAUGUGUGGAAGUGUAUAACGG